GCAAGGAGUAACUACUCAGACGUCUAGUCGAUUGUCAGGGCAGUGGGAGUCUGUCGGAAUGUGUCAGAUUGUAUCCCUUUUCCAGACGCUAAUGAGAGAGAGGCAACCACACAUAAGGAGUGUCAUUUCUGCCUCUAGCAUUCCCUUUGAUUUAAUUAUUCAUUGAGCAAGCACAAGAAUAAUGUCUCAGCCACAACGGGUUGUUAAACUCUCGGCAGCGUCGCUUGCUGUGAUCUUCUGUAAGGACGUGGACAGCGUAAGAGCCAGUGGAGAAAAACCUACCGCCACUAAUGCGAGUGGUCAGGACAUUUUUGCGGAUUUUAAAGCGCAGAAUCUGCGGAGUUUUUGGAAUAAGAGACUGGUAAAUGCUGUGUCUGAAGUUCACUUUCAGGGAUGGAUGGAGAAUUUGGUAUUAUUCGUUCAAGGGAAUGCAAAUGAUUUGGAGGUGCUGAGGGAGGCAUGGAUGCGCAGGGCACUGAGGUCACCCAAAGGGUUUGUCAUUAAAGCAGUGGGUGAUGUGUCCCCAGUGCAGAUGACCCCCAUUGCCCAGUCUCAGUUCAUCCCACUGUCAGAGGUGCUGUGCUCGCUGAUAUCUGACAUGAAUGCUGACCAUAUCACUGUCAAUCAGGAGGCGCUGAUCACGCAUAUGACCAAGGCUCAUCCUGGAAUGACCGUCCCCACUCAAGACAUCCUGUACAAUGCUCUAGGUUCCUUGAUAAAGGAGAGGAAAAUCUAUCAUACUGGAGAGGGUUACUUCAUUGUCACGCCCCAAACAUACUUCAUUACUAACAACAUGGUGAAAGAGAAGAACUGGUGGAGCACAGGAGAAAAUGAACUUCCUUCCCCACCCCCCAUUACCUACCUGCUGAGCAAUGAAAACUGCUUGGAUGCCACUGGUGAGUCCCUCUCACUGGCCCAUUGUAAGUCCUGCAGAUGUUUCACAGAUCUCUCCACUGUAACACCAUCAGUCCAGGACCACAUUUCUGUCAGCGAAUGCACAGGCAAAAGCCUCAAGUGGCCCAAAGAACACAAACCCUCUGUCCAGCACCAGUCCACCUCUACCGCUGCUGACUGCCAGGCCAGUGAAAUAAGCAAGUCUACAGUGACAAGUCGUAAGGACAAAGAAAAAGUUGGUCGCAAGUUUGGCCUUAACUUGUUCCGGCGAAGCACAGCAAAGAAGGAGAGUAAACUGAAGAAGGAAUAUGCCACUUUCUCUGGACAGUUCCCGCCCGAGGAGUGGCCAGUGAGGGAUGAGAAUGAACUCAACAACCUUCCAAGAGACUUAGAGCAUGCCAUCAUCAAGCGGAUCAACCCUGAACUGACUGUGGACAACCUGGUGCGACACACUGUACUUAUGAUGAAGCUGGAGGAGAGAGAGGUUGAACAGGCUGUAGACAAAGGGAUUUCUACUGAGAUGCUGGUCUCCAAACCAAAGAACCAUUCCUCCAAGGUUGCUGGCAAAAGGACUGCAUCAAAGAACACCCGUAGUAAAAAAAGAGGCCAGUCUUCAAAAGAGAAACAGAGGACCAAGUCUAAGGCUCUCCAGUGUGCGGAUGAUGAUAUGGAGGGACAUGAUCUCACACCCUCUCGUCUCAAGCCAGACUUUCCAACAGAGGAACCAGAGGAUCAUAUUGAUCAUGCUGUUUUGAGUACCAAAUGCCUCUACAAGAAACGAAUUGACAACCCUUUUCAUGCUAUACCAAGUAAGGACACAGUGCAGACCUCAAGCCACAGAGAACAGAGGAGAAAAGAUGGCAAAAGUCAAACAUCUGGAAGGAAAGAUCGGACCAGUCACAGGUCUAAGUCGUGGGACCCCCAUCAUACAAAAGGGACAACUGAAGAACCCGAAAGGUCACAUGCUAUAAAGGAAGGAUCUUCUGAGCACCUUCACAAGAGAGAACUAGCUGGAGACACAUUUCUUGAUGCUAACCCUGUCAAAGAGCAUUCAGGAGACUAUAGCUCUGUCUAUCCAGACAGUAGCACUUUAAGGAUAGAUGACAAAGUAAAGCACCUGAAGGAAAAUAAUGCCAGAGGAAGAGAUUUCAGGGAUGGUAGGGACAAGGAUGCAAAACACAGAACACUUAGAGAUGUUGACUUCAGACACGAGACUGACCAAAGACAUCUGAAAAGUCAUAAUAAUAUGAUAGACGGUCAUUCCCUUGUUCAGGAAACCACUGAUAUACCCCUCUCAUGGCCUAAACCCACUGUUCGAUGUAGGAUGUCCCUGAGACAGGUGGACAUGAAGGAGGAUUCAAGCCACCGACCGGAUCUUUUAGCUUCUCAUCAGCAAACUGGCAGCUUAUCGGGGAGCCAGCAGUUGGUCAGCAGCAGUGAGCAACGUAGGGGCUCUGGUAUAGUAGAGAGUGAUGUUUACACGGAUGACGACCAUCACCUAUACAUGAAGUCAGAAGAGACAGACGAAGAUGCAUGUAGCUCUCUCUGUUUGAAUGAAGAGUGUGCCGUUGACAGCAGUGAGGCCACGCAUACCAGCAUGAUCCAAUACUGUCAACCUCAAUUUGGGAGUGCUAACUGGAUUAACAGUCUGGAUGCAUCCAGGUUUUACAAAGAGCCCCUGAGAGUUACCCUCAGACAGGAGGACAGUGGCUGGAAUGGGCCCACUGCUCAACCCCCCCCAAAUGAGUCACCCAUCUCACUAAGAGGAACCAUCUUUAGAGAUGGGUCUCCACAUCUAGAUGAACAUUUGCACAAGAUCAUCAGCGUGGACAAGGAGCCCACUCAGGCCUUUGACAGUAGCAUAUUUGACUACUGCCAGACAAGCGAAAUGGACUCAGAUGCAGAAACACUGCAGAAGUCCUCAGAUGAGACAGAGAACCUCUCCACUCACCCGGACGGUGACUCACAGCAGGAGAACUGCCACCAGAACCUGUUUGACACACGAGAGCCUGGGAUCCAUAUCAGCUCCACCGAGAACCACUGCAGUCCCAAUGGGCCUCAUUCAGGAGAGAUGACAGAGAGUCGGAGCAACACAGGGGACAGUGGGAUUGACUGCCCCAGAACUCGAAUGAGCAUGACUUCCAGCAACUCUGUGAUAAUGGAGGGGUUGAAGCGUCGCAGUUUCCUUCAGAAUCUCGAGAGGAUUCAUUCCAAGAGUAAUGGCAUUCACCCACAGAACUCUCUUCUACAACUCACCCCUGUCAUGAAUGUGUGAGAUGACAGGGCUCAUUGCUUGCAUACUGCUGUACAAAAUGUGAAUAAAUGGGCUGAAUAACAUUUAUCUGUACAUAUAUAUAUAUGCAUAAACAAAAAAAAAUGUUUUGUUACCAAGUAAUUAUGUUAGCGACAAGAUAUUUACUGUUUGGAGCCAUCUUAAGGACCAUCAUCUUUCAUAGGCCUAUUUUACAUUUUAACAUUACCCACUUGUAUCAUAUGUGUUGUCUGUAAAGAAAUUUAAAUAAAACUCACUUAAGUGUGAAACAAUACUAA